CGGGACAGGAAGUAGGUCGGCCGCUGCGCCUGCGCAAUGGCUCUGCCCGGUCCCUGUAAAGAUGUCUGAGCAGGCGGGGAGGGAGCGGAGCGGAGGACCCGAAACAAGCGCGCAGAACCCGCAACUGUCCGCAACUUAACCGGUCAAGGCAGGUGAUGUCAUUCUGACUGUACCAGCCCAGAUGUCCAGUGACAGCCAGGGAUCGGUGAAGGGGGAGGCGGCCAUGGUGCUGGCUCCCUCCGCCUCUGCCUCCUCUCAGGGACCACCCCUUUCUCCGUCCACUGCCUCCAAAACACCUGAGCUCCCAGAUGAGCUGGUUCAGGCUGGAUGGUCCAAGUGUUGGUCUCGGAGGGAGAAUCGGCCGUAUUACUUUAACCGAUUCACCAAUCAGAGCCUGUGGGAGGUGCCGGUGCUCGGCCAGCAUGAUGUCAUUGUGAUCUGAUCCUUAGGCCUGAAUGCGGCACCUGCAGAGGGUGGGGACAGUAACCUUGGUAACGGCCAGAGGAAGAGGCGGACCUCCGAGGAGCAGGGGGUAGACCAAAGCUUCAAACGCGCUAAGGUGGAGCCGACCACGCCCAUCUCUCCCAGCACCCCGGUCAAGCCUUGGAGCACCGCUACUGAGGACAAGGCCCAGUCAGUCACCCCCACCACACCGAGCCCCGCCCCCGCACCAUACAGACCAACCGUGAUCUACUGGGAUCUGGAUGUGCAAACUAAUGCCGUGAUCCGAGAGCAGGCCCCUGCCAACCCUGCCCCCCACCCCGAGAUUGAGUUGCAGCGAGCGCAGCUCGUCACCAAGCUGAGGCAGCACUACCAUGAGCUGUGCCACCAGAGGGAAGGUAUUGAUCCACCCCGGGAGUCUUUCAACCGCUGGCUGCUGGAGAGGAAAGUGAUUGACAAAGGUCACGACCCCUUGCUACCCAGUGACUGCGACCCUGUCAUCUCCCCGUCGAUGUUCAGAGAGGUCAUGAACGACAUCCCCAUCAGGUUGUCCCGGAUUAAGUACAAAGAGGAGGCUCGGAAGCUUCUCUUUAAAUAUGCUGAAGCUGCCAAGAAGAUGAUUGACUCCAGGAAUGCAAGCCCGGAGAGCAGGAAGGUGGUGAAGUGGAACGCUGAGGAUACAAUGAGCUGGCUGCGCCGAGAUCACUCCGCCAGCAAGGAGGACUACAUGGACCGUCUAGAGCACUUAAGGCAGCAGUGCGGUCCCCAUGUCACUGCUGUUGCCAAAGACUCUGUGGAGGGAAUCUGCUCCAAGAUCUACCAGCUGUCUGCAGAGUACAGCCGCCGCCUGCGCCAGACACACCUGAGUCUACUGCAGGACCCCCCCACAGAAGCGUGUGCAUCCCCGCCGCAGUCCCGCCUCGUGUACUGUUACCCGGUACGUUUGGCGAUCCCGUCGCCGCCGGUGCCCCGUGUGGAGCUGCACUUUGAGAAUGACAUGGCUUGUUUACGCUUUAGAGGAGAGAUGGUCAAAGUUAACAGAGGACACUUCAGCAAGCUGGAAUUGUUGUACAGGUACAGCUGUAUAGAUGACCCUCGCUUUGAGAAGUUCCUGUCCAGAGUGUGGUGCCUCCUGAAGAGAUACCAGGUGAUGUUUGGCAGCGGUGCUAACGAGGGGAGUGGCCUGCAGGGCGCACUUCCAGUGUCGGUGUUCGAGACAUUGAACCGUCAGUUUGGUGUUUCUUUCGAGUGUUUCGCUUCACCGCUCAACUGCUACUUUAAACAGUUCUGCUCUGCCUUCCCCGACACUGACGGCUUCUUCGGGUCUAGAGGGCCCUUCCUCUCCUUCUGUCCGGUCAGCGGCUCAUUUGAAGCGAACCCACCAUUCUGUGAGGAGCUGAUGGACGCCAUGGUGACACACUUCGAGGACCUGUUGGACCGGUCCUCGGAGCCUCUGUCCUUCAUCGUGUUCGUGCCUGAGUGGCGUGACCCCGUGACCCCAGCUCUGACACGCAUGGAAGGAAGUAGAUUCCUGCGUCACCAGUUCAGCAUCCCCGCCUACGAGCACGAGUACCGAUCAGGCAGUCAGCAUAUCUGCAAAAGGGAUGACAUGUACUACAGGGCUGUACACGGUACCGCAGUUCUGUUCCUGCAGAACGACGCGGGCUUUGCAAAGUGGGCGCCGACUCCGGAGCGUCUGGCUGAACUGAUGGCAGCGUACCGCCCCUCCUCCUCCCGUACUUCCUCCCUGUCAUCACCUGGUCCUGCUCACAUGGCUCCUGGAGACAGAGACUCCGCCCCCAAAGCUUCUGAUAGGACACAGAGUGGCGUAUUGUCGCCCAGUGGCCACGACAACAACAACAGCAGCGGCAGUGGUAGCGGCAGCGGCAGUAGCAGUCCUCGAGACAAAAUGGGCACCGUGUAGGUGGGGCUUGUGGCAGCAAUGCCCCCUCACCUGUUGAACAGUUGUUUAAAGUUUCUAUGUUUUCUGACUCGUCUCGUUCUGAUUGUCCCUCACCAGCAUCUGUAGCACCCUCAGCUAUAUCCAUAAUACCCCCUUCCAUCAAGGGGCGGAGCCUGAAUCAGCCCCGCUCCCUACUGACUUCCACCCCGGCUGUUGAUUGGUCGAAGCUCUGGAGCUUUUUUUUUUUUGUUGUUUUUUAACCUUCUGCUGAUUCAUGUCCAGCUGUGGCUGCUGUUGCUUAGCAACAAACACCACAGCCAAUCAGUGAGGAGUGACUUUGAGCUUCAGCAAUAAACUUCUCCCUCACCUGUGAUGUCAUGUGUGACACGGCCACAGGAGGACUCUGGUACCCGCACCCACAGGGCUUUCUGAUUGGUCUAUACGGCAGCUACUGUUUCUAUUGGACAAUUUUUGGUUUCAUUUUUUCAACCCAGCGACAUCCUGCUUCCGUUCCCGUCCUCACGACGUCCUGGCCUAUCAGUGCGUGACCUUCUCUGGCUGCAGUGGUUUGUGGAAAAUGGAUUUCACAGCAGAUGGAGGAGGUGGACCAUUCACAGUGAGGUGGGGGAGGCGGAGUCAGAUUCAGACAGAUGCCUCUGAGGGCGGGGUCACUGCUGAUGAGGGGGCGGGGCCUCAUGUAAUCUGAAUAUGAUAAUUUUCCAGCUGAGUUCUUCAUUAACACCUAUUUCUUUCAGUUGUCAGAAAAAUUAAAUUUUUUAUUUAAACUUUUUGGGAGUUUUCUUUGUGAUUUUUUUUAAAUAUAAAUGUUUUAGACAUUUUUUCUUUUCUGUGCUGUGGCUCCUCCCAUUCUGUAACCUGAAACUGCAGCAGCUGUGUGCUCUGUGAUUGGCUGGCAGUGGUCCCUGUGGGCCGGCAGCAGUGUAGAUAGUGUACAGUCUGGAUGUUUUAACUUAAAGCGACAACGUGAAACCAAAGUGACAAAGCUGCGCCACACAGACUCCCCUCCUCACAUCAUCAUCUGCUGUGCAUGAAAUGUUUUGGAGAAUUUCCCAACCCUCAGCGCGACCGCCGCCAUGUUCCUCAUGUUCUUCUUCCUGUUCUUUUUAGCAUCAUGUGUGUGUUCAGGUGUUUUCGAGCUCUCUUCAGAUGGGUUUGUACCUCUGCGGCUUCACUUGUCUGUUCAUGUGACACCAUUCAGGACACUCCGUCAUUCAUCACGGUGUUGACAUGUGAUGGUGAUGUAAAGCACCGCAGGACGUCCUUGGAGGUGAACUGUCUUUAUUACCAUCGUGUGCGGCUACAGUGACCGCUGUCGCACAAAGGUGAUGAAGUCUAAACCGGCACUGCAAUCAAAUGUUUUUGCCUUCUUGCCAUUUUCUUGGUGAGCCAAACAGCUCUCAGAGAUUUCAUCAUAAACGUCCUACCCUGGAACAAAUGAACGAGGAAAAACAUUAACGUGGUGAAUUUCGGACCCCUGGAAAGUUUUUACGUGCAAGCACAACCGUCAGGGCGAGUUUCCUGAAAACUGAUCGGCGUGCUCAGACUGAUUAACAUGGGGUUUGAAAAGGAACCCAGAACCAGGGUUUUGCAGGUGAUCUGAGCACUGGCUCCACCCUCCCUGCACUCACUGCUCUGAAGGUGGGGCCAGCGGCUGAUGUCACAGUGAAUACUGAGCUGUGAUUGGUUGUUUCUCCAGCAACGGUGAAACACACAGACCACACGAUUCUGUGGCGAUGAAGUCGGGAUGAGUGACAGCUGUGGGCACAUACUUGGUUCCUCAUGCGCAGGCUCCAGCUGUUUGUCAGAAGGCGGAGCUUAAAGUGCUGACAGUGUUUUCGUGUGAUACUAAGCUAACGGAGCUGUAGAUGUUUGCAUUUUUCACCUGUCUCGCCACCUGCUUCACCUGAGUCUCCAUUACACCUGCUGAGUUCGAUCAGCUCCUCUCUGACUGUUCGUGAUGUAAACACUUGUUGGCUGGCGGCGGCUCGCUGAAGCCUAGUUGUAAACAGGAAGUGGUCCGUCCUGUUGGUUGUCCCCUCUCAGCAGGUUGUAAAUAGUGUCUGUCCUUCUCCAGUAAAAUCUGAAACCAGUAAAACCAGUGCAGCUCGUUUUUCUUCUCGCACAGUCACGCGC